AUGUCGGAUUCCCCGAAACCAGCGACCCCUGAGUCCCAGGGAGAACCCAAUGGAGCUGCAACUACCAAGAACGCCGAAAAGAAACAAGCAAAACAGAAUGAGAAGGAAGCCCGAAAGGCAGCACGUCUGGCUGAAGAGGCCGCACGUGCAGCAGAGAAGGCAGCUCUUCUAGCCAAGUAUGCUGAUGUUUUUGGCACUGCCCCACUUUUACAGUCUACAAAGUACGGCUCUACGAAGUUUAGUGAAAUCUCUUCAUUGUCAAGAGAACGUAUAGGUGAGGUGGUAACACUUCGUGCCCGUGUGGACACAACACGCAAGAAGGGUAAGUUGGCCUUUAUGGUAUUACGUGAUGGGGUACAUUCCGUUCAGGCUAUGGCCGCUGUUGCAGAGGAUGUUCCUAAGGAGAUGGUGGAUUUUAUUGGUCAGAUCCCAUGUGAGUCUGUUGUGGAUGUUGAGGGAACAGUGUGUGGUGUGGAGCAGCCCAUCACUGCCACUUCACAACAAGAUAUUGAGUUAAAGAUCAGUAAGAUUCAUAUUGUAAGCGAGUCACAGCGUGUACUUCCCUUUACAUUGGAGGAUGCCUCACGUCCUGAAGAUGCAGAAGGUAUUAAGAUUAAUUUUGAUACUCGUCUUGCUUGCCGUUGGUUGGAUCUCCGUACUCCAGCUUCAAAUGCCAUUUUCAAGAUGCAAUCAAGGGUGGGACAAUACUUCCGUCAGUUCCUUAUUGAUAAUGACUUUGUGGAGAUUCACUCACCUAAAAUUAUUGCUGCUGCAAGUGAAGGUGGUGCAAAUGUAUUCAAACUUGGAUACUUUAAUCGUGAUGCAUACUUGGCCCAAUCUCCUCAGUUAUAUAAACAAAUGGCUUUACAAGGAGAUCUUAAGCGUGUUUUUGAAGUAGCACCUGUGUUUCGCGCAGAAAACAGUAAUACACAUCGUCAUUUAACAGAGUUUGUUGGUUUGGAUGUGGAAAUGCGUAUUAAUGAACAUUAUUAUGAAGUACUUGAUACAGCAGAGGAACUCUUCUCUUACAUGUUUGCACAACUUGCAAAACAUACAGAGGAACUUUCAGCUAUUGCAAAACAAUACCCAUUUGAACCUCUGGUAUGGCAUAUCACACCAGAACGAAUGAAAGAGCUUGGAAUAGGUAUUAUCGAAGAUGGAGUGGAACCUACAGAUGUAUUUAAGGGUCGUGUGCGCAAUAAUAAUAUUCGUAUGCUUCGUCUUAACUAUCCACACUGUAUUGAAUUAUUAAAUACCGUGUUGGAAGAGAAACUGGCACCAACAGAUGAUAUUAAUACCACUAAUGAGAAACUGCUAGGAAAGUUGGUGAAGGAACGUUAUGGUGUGGACUUCUUUAUCUCUGACCGCUUCCCUUCAAGCGUAAGACCAUUUUAUACCAUGCCAUGCCCGGAUGAUGCGCUCUUCACGAACUCAUACGAUAUGUUUAUCCGCGGUGAGGAGAUAUCCAGCGGUGCACAGCGUAUUCACGACUCUGCACUGCUGCUAAAACGUGCGGAAUCCCUCGGUGUGGACUUGACGCCCAUCAGCGAUUACGUGAAUUCCUUCCGUCUUGGCGCGUGGCCGCACGGUGGCUUUGGUGUUGGAUUGGAGCGGGUGGUGAUGUUGUAUCUCGGUCUACACAAUGUGCGGCUCGUCUCUCUCUUCCCACGUGACCCGCAGCGUGUAACACCCUAA